AUGUAUGUGUCGGUUAAUAUUGUAGCCUUUGGGAAUGAAAGAGGUGGGUUUUCUGAGGACAAUCAGCAGCCGAGCCUGAUUUGGAGCUAUCUCAGGAGAAGCGCUCUCGUUUCCCAGAUUGACAGCAGCUUGUCUGCCAGUCACGUCGGAAACCCAGUUUGUACCGAAUAUCAAGCCUGUGUGUUUGGCAACGUCAGACUGGUGGUACACGACUGUCCUCUCUGGGAUAUAUUUGACAGUGACUGGUACACCUCUCGCAGUCUCGUUGGAGGAGCUGAUAUUAUUGUGAUUAAAUACUCUGUCAAUGACAAGACUUCAUUUCAAGACCUAAAGGACAGUUAUGCCCCAAUGAUAAAAAAGGCGUUAAACCAGUGCUCCGUUCCGGUAAUAAUUUCUGCUAUUGGUGCGAGAAAAAACGGAGUGCCUUGCACCUGCCCCCUGUGCACUUCGGACAGGAGGAGCUGCGUCACCACCUCUGAGGGAGUUCAGCUUGCCAAGGAACUAGGAGCCACUUACCUCGAACUGCACACUCUUAAUGACUUCCACAUACAGAAGUACUUUGGAGGAGUGCUGGAAUAUUUUAUGAUCCAAAGUUUGAAUCAGAAGUCAUCUGAAAAAAUGAAGAAAAGGAAAAAGACGCAGAAGUGCCAUCGGGUUCAACCACCUCAGCUCGAACAGCCAGAAAAAAUGCCAAUCCUAAAGGGCGAAGCUUCACACUACGAUGCGGACCUGCACAACCUGCUCUGCUGCUGCCAGUGCGCGGACGUGGCGUUCUACCCCGAAGACCUCAGCACAGUGGUGGAGGCCAACAAGGCCAUCCUCGGCUCCGCCAGCCACCUCUUCAUGCUGCUUUUCGAGGUGAAGAGCCCCGCCGACAUCCGCGACGCCGCCAUCGUGCGGACAGCGCAGAGCCUCUUCGCGGUGGAGGCGGGGGCCCCCCGCAGCGUCCCCCCCUGCGUCCCGCCGGUGAGGGUGGUGGUGAAGGAUGCCGUCUUCUGCUCUUGUCUGCCGGACAUCCUCCGCUUCCUCUAUUCAGGGGCUUUCCAGUGGGAACAAUUAGAAGAGGAUCUAAAAAAGAAGUUGAAGGAUCCAGAAAAAACUGAACACGUGCUUGAGAAAGUUAAAUGUAUCCUGAAAGCUCCAGGGAAGCUAAACACUGUAAAGGACUGCAGAUCUCACCAAACAAAUGGGCUGUACAGUACUUCUCUCAGGCUGUUCUUUAAUACGCCUGUCCUAGCUGAUGUCAUCUUCAAAAUACAAGGUGCAACUGUACCAGCCCACAGAGCAGUCCUGGUAGCUCGCUGUGAGGUAAUGGCAGCUAUGUUUAAUGGUAACUAUCUAGAAGCAAAUAGUAUUCUGGUUCCAGUGUAUGGGGUUUCCAAAGACACUUUCCUCUCCUUUCUAGAGUAUCUUUAUACCGACUCUUGCUGCCCAGCCAGUAUUCUCCAAGCUAUGUCUCUCUUGAUCUGUGCAGAGAUGUACCAAGUAAUGAGACUGCAGCAUAUUUGUGAGCUUUACAUUAUCACGCAGCUUCAGAGCAUGCCUAGCAGGGAACUGGCAUCCACAAGCCUCAGUAUUGUUAGCUUGCUCAAAAAGGCUAAGUUUCACAAUUCUGAUUGCCUUUCAACUUGGCUUCUUCAUUUUAUUGCCACUAACUACCUCAUCUUCAGUCAAAAGCCUGAAUUUCAAGAUCUGUCAGUGGAGGAGCGCAAUUUUGUAGAGAUGCACAGAUGGCCUUCCAAUUUGUACCUGAAGCAGCUUGCUGACUACAGGAACUAUGUCCACUCUCAGAAAUGCCAUUGCACGGUAAUGUGA